AUGUACUCAGGUCACUGGUACCUACCUAUCCAGGUAGGUGAACCCUUUUCUGCACUCAUGAUCUUCUUCAAAUGCAGUGCUACGAAUACACAUCCAAGAUCCCCACUCGCAGCAGCUAUGGCUUCUUAUACACGUCGCCCGAACCGUUCAAAGCCUCCGGUGCCAUAUGUGACCGGCUGGAGAUUCCAAGUCAAGUCUCACAUCCCUCCAGCUCCGACGCCGGCCAACUUCAACGAGUGCUUCAUCACCGAAAGUGACUGGCAGGAAAGGCUACACCUGAGCCCAGUUAUGCAAUGUGUGAAGAUACCACCGGCGCCUGGCAGAGACGGGGACGACACCGUCAGCCUGCAGAUCAUGCGUCUUUUCGACGCAGGCAAUAACCACGAGGCCCAGGUCUUCAUGGUCCGGUUGCUAGAAACGACAUCGCAAUCGCUUCCCCCGAAGGGCACAAAGCUCGUUGCAAAGCUGUACGACCCGCUUUACUACGAUGACGUGCAGGGGGCUCUCGACCCUUUCAUCUGCCUGGACUGGGACUACACCCAUGAGGUUAAAGCAUAUGCGAACCUUCGCUAUCUGCAAGGUCACCGGAUCCCGAAGUACUACGGGUCCUACUCGUUGACUCUACCCGUGGAUGGAGGGCACACACGGACCGUCCGGAUGAUUCUGAUCGAGCAUAUCCCAGGCCUUAUCAUGGAAAGUGCCAAUCCGGAGUACUUUGAGCAGUCCCUCCGUCAAGACCUGAUGAGGUCGAUCGUGGACCUCGAAAGCGAGCUCCACGAGAAGAGCGUGUCGAUCAUGGGCAUCGAGCCGCGAAAAAUCACCUUGACAUCGCCGACAAGCGACCAGCCUCAGGUUAUGUUUGUCGACCUAGCCGCUACGUCUUUUGGCCAGAGACGAGUUCCUCCUGCUGCGUCAGAGAUGAACGCUACUGUGGGAGGAUACGUCUCACCAUUGCUGCGAUGGAAAGAAGCUAAUCAACGGGCAAGCCUAUUUGCGGACUGGAUCGAUUGGGAGUGGGAUCCUUGGAUUGACGCUGAGUAUGCCCACACAGUCGCUGGAAUCACGAAGGAGAUGCGUGAACUGUAUUCCGAUGACUAGGUAGGUAGUACUGGGUUUAUACUGACAGUACAAGGAGUUCAUUAUGAGCUUGGGGGUCUUUACUCUUAGCAACGGGCUACAAGGAGUAUGAUACUGUGGAAUUGUGAGAUAGUAGCUGAUUUGCGUUGUGUUUCCUACCUAAAUUGUUGUUUUGAUUCUUAAG